AAAUGGAUGUUAAAACCUGGAACGGUUUAAUGUUAUUAAUUAGUCUAGUUGCAGUUGUGAUCUUAAACUCUGUCCCGAUAUUGUGACUUAAUCAUUUGCUGUGAGCAAUGCGUCCCCUCCUUGACUUAAAACUCGCCGUAAAGUUGGCUGUGCCUCUCCACAAUAACAUCGAUACUUGCUGAGGGCGUGUUCACCGUAUCCAAAAUUCAUCUUUUUGGAGGCUCGCGAGGUUUGAGCUGGGCUCUGGUGAAAACCCUCGGCAGCCGCGUAUAAAUCCAGCCGAAACCUGCCACACGCUAUUGUACCUGAACGCCAGGAAAUACGCGGGUGCCGCAUACCAGGGUGUUGCUGCACCUGAGGUGUGUUUGCUCGGCUUGUUAACCGAGUAUCAGGUCAUUUAUUAUCGUUAAUGUACCCGAGGCGUGUAUUAACUGCACGCCCUGCUGAAUGUCCCCCAGGCAGGAGAGGUGACACCUCACCCGUGCCUCAGGUGCAACAAUAUACAGCAAGGUGUGGGCUGUAGGUUCUCUAGCCUGGUUUAUGGUUGCUGUUGCAACACCGGCACCAGUUCAUUGUUGCUUUACCAGAGGAGGGUGUGUGUGGAGCUUGGCCAGAUGGUGUAUUGUGCCUGCCGAAGGAGUCUAAGACUCUUUUCAGCUGCCAGAUUCUGCCAGUCUCCCAAGGUCGGGGCUUGAACCCUGCCAGAUAAAGUCAAAAACGCCCCCCUCUUUUCCCAGCCAUGCAAACUGCGGGAUGAAGCUGGAAGCUGUGGUCGAGCAGCUGCAGAAGCAGCAGCAGAAGCAGCAAACGCCUCUGCAGAUGGAUUCCAGGGAGAGACAACAGAGGCAGAUGAGAGAAGCCCAGCUGCUCUACACUCAGCAGCUGGCUGUGCAGCAGGCUGUCCUAGCAGCCACAUCUGGCAGGGCUUCGGGCGGCUCUGCUGUUGGUCCCUUGGCCAGAGGCCCACCUGCAGCCGGAGCUACGCGGGCUUUUGAUCAGAGCAGCAUGAAUUCGGAGCCAGAAGAGGAGGAGGAAGAAGAUGAGGAAGAGGAGGAGGAGGAGGAGGAGGAAGAAGGGGGUUUGGAAGGUGGAGAUCUUGAGGAUGGUGCUAAUGUGACUGGGAAAGAAACCUGCUCUGCUCUGAAAUAUUUUCAUGCUCCCAAAGUUGCCCAUCACAACCAAAGAGUGGCCUCUACCUCUAAUCCUCUUCCGGCUUCAGGGCACCAGCGGGGACAACAGGGCAAAGAAGAACAGGGUAAAGACACUACUAAGCAACCGUAUUCCGGUUCCCCGUCUGGACGCCAGAACUGGCGGUUGGACGAGCAGCUCAAACAGAACGGCAACGUGACCUGGACCGAUGAAGGUGAUGGAUGCCGAGGAAGAGAAAUUUCACGAGACUUUGCCAAGCUCUAUGAACUGGAUAGUGACCCUGAACGGAAAGAGUUCUUGGAUGACCUUUUCAUCUUUAUGCAGAAGAGGGGAACUCCCAUCAAUCGGAUCCCCAUCAUGGCAAAGCAGAUCCUGGAUCUCUACAUGCUCUACAAGCUGGUGACUGAGAAAGGAGGGCUGGUGGAAAUCAUCAACAAGAAGAUCUGGCGAGAGAUCACCAAAGGCCUUAAUCUGCCCACCUCCAUCACCAGUGCCGCAUUUACGCUUCGAACCCAGUACAUGAAGUACCUAUAUGCCUAUGAAUGCGAGAAGAAAUCCCUCAGUUCUCCUGCUGAGCUUCAGGCUGCAAUCGACGGCAACAGGCGGGAAGGCAGGCGGCCCAGCUACAGCUCCUCUUUGUUCAGCUACUCGCCCACCACCACGGGGCCUCCUUCCCUCCUGUCUCCCCCAAAGAUCCGCUUCCCCAUCAUUGGCGUCGCACCGGGCAGUGGGACCAGCAAUCCUCGGGUGUCUCCAGCAGCAGCUGUCAGAAAAGGUGAUGGUGUGCCCUUGACUGUGUCUAUGCCAAAUCGUAUUGCUGUGCCAGUGACCUUGGCUAGCCAGCAGGCAACUGUGGCAGCAAGAACAGCCACCCUAGAGCAGCUGAGAGAGAGACUGGAGUCAGGAGAGCCUCCGGAGAAGAAGGUCUCACGGAUGACAGAGGAGGAGCAGCGGCUUGUCCAGCAGGCUCUUCAGCGCAACCUGUUCAGCAUGGCGCGGCAGAUCCCCAUGAAGAUCAAAAUCAAUGGCAAGGAAGAUAAACCUGACUCAGCGGCGGCGGCAGCACUGAAUUUGUCACCUAACGGCAUUGGGAGUAUUAACAUGUCGGUGGAGAUUAACGGCACAAUUUAUGCUGGAGUGCUCUUUGCCCAGAAGCCAGUCGUCCAUCUCAUUGCAGGCUCCAGCACCCAAAGUUCCUGCAGCAGCAGCAGCAGCUCCCACUGCUCUCCCAGCCCUACCUCAUCCCGGGGAACCCCCAGUGCAGAGCCCUCCACCAGCUGGUCUCUCUGAUGGACGGCCGAGCCUGCUGUCUCUCACACUGGCCUCUGGCAGCUCUUCCUCUCUGCUCUCAGCAGGGAGCGAGCCGGGAAGGAGUCGCACAGAUUACCUCAUCUCAAGGAACCUGCUUUUGUGGUUGGCCAACAGCAAGAUGAUGAUGAUGCUGAAACCUUUCCAUGCCAGCGAGUUUUUCUUCAUCGUCUGUUUGUCCAGCCUUUUUCUUUGUUCUCCCCCUUUCUUCCUCCCUUUUGCUUUUUGUUUUUUUCCUCCUCCUCCCAGGGUUUGCUGUGUUCCUGUUGGGGGGUGGGACAUGGAGGGGGGGGCAUGCCUGGCGUUUUUCAAUCAGGGAUCGUCUCUAGGAGCUGCGGGUUGAGAGAUGGCUGAGACGUCACCAAGGCAGGUGGAAAGAGCUGGAGUUGGGGCGGGGAAACUUGGUUCUCCUCGAACCAGUAGCCACAAGGACUCUUCCCACAAAACAACUCCGUGUAUUGACAAUCCUAAGAGCCGGCGGGGUGCCUUGCCCCUGUCCUCCCAUGGCUUAUGCUGCAGAAGGCCAGGCGGCUGCAGAGCAGGCAAGCUCCCUCGCUUUUCUUCUUCAGGCUCUGUCGUGGUCUGGUGUUCGUAUGUCCUCCUGUAGAACACAUGCUCUUGGCUUGUGAGCCUCCUUCCCCCUCUCCGAGGUCUUGGCAAGAGGGGAAGGACUUUCUCACUGCUAUGUUUGACCCAUAGACACAUUAAAAACCUCUCGAUCAGCUGCUUCGUUCUCCUGGCUGGUGCUGGCCUCUUCCCUACUGUUGCCUUCAGGCUUUCAGCCAAGUUUUAAAUGCCCUCCACCUUGUCUCUCUCCCCUUGAGGAACUCAUCCCACUGACAUUUACCCUGACAGCCUGAACUUAUUGUGGCUUGCUGCUUUGAUCCUCUGCCCCCUUGACACAAACGGGCUGUCAUUAGGCUUCCUGGAGCGACUUCCUUCUCAUAAGGUGUCUUUCAAUAGCCCCUGGAAGCUCUCCACAUCCGUAGGCUGAGAAAAUAGAAGGUGAUAUUUGAAAUCUAAUUCAGUGGGGCUGUGGUGCAUGCGUAGGCAUUGCGGUUAAUGUUACACACACGUCGUUUCGUUGGUCUCUGAACAAGCCUACAGAAGCCCGGUCCCCUUCAAAUUGUACAUGAGCGAAAAGAAAGCAGCUCUCAGUUGAGUAAGACCUUUUGCUCUCCUGGGUGGAAGCAGAGGAAAGGAAAUCAAGCCCUUCCUUGCCCUUUCCCCUCAAACCUCCAGUUGAAAGCAAGCAAAGGCUGGCCCUGGCUCUCCCGUGUCUGGAGCCAACCAAGCUGACUUAGGGACUCCAUGAAGUCGGCUCCUGCUCAGGUGGCCUCAUUCUGUCCCCUCUCUUCUUCUGGCCUUUCCCACACAUGCUUUCCCGAGCCUGGAGAUCAGGUCCAAGCACCAUCCAUCCUGCCCUGGUGACGUCCUUCCUAUCCUUCAGGCCCAAGUCAGGUUUUUUUGAGCAGAUGAAAUACCUCAGAUAUGUACUUGUUGUUGGGGUUUUUUUGUUUGUUUUGGGUUGGGUUUUUUUAACCUCUUCAGGAAGUAUUGGCAUAUCUUAUCGCUUGUUUUUUAUAUGUGGUUUUGCUGACAUUGUGUUUAUUUUUUUUAUUUUUAAUUGUAUCACCAAAGACAGAAAGAAAAAAAAAAAAGGCUGAGCAAAGGAGCAGCAGUGGCUUCCCUGUCCUUUAGGCCAGCAGGAGACAAGCUGAACAGCAUUGUCCCAGGACAUGUGCGUGACACAGGAGGGCAGGUAGAGGUAGGAAAAGAGGGCAAGAGCGACUGCUUACUUAGAAGAUCUGUCUUUCACGUUGGACGCGAAGGUGUCGCCAAAGUCCCUGUUAUUUUUCCAAGCUCCAGGAUCUGUGCUUACCUUUAGCAAAGCUGCUUAGUGCAGCUGGGAGAUGACAGCACUACUUACACUACAGAUUGGCCAAGCCUCUUGCAGGAAGGUGGUUUCUGGCACCUGAAAGCACAGCUUGGUCUUGUGGUGCUGCAGCCAACCACCUCCUCAGCUGUGCUGGGACUUUGUUAUCCCAGACACAGCUAAUCCUGUCUACACUACAAGACUAAGCCAUGUUGGGUAGCCUUCGAGAGAGGCACCAAAAUAAGAAGUUACUCUAGUUUUUCACCUGUACGUAAGUGCCUCUGUAACAACCAUCUGAGCUAGUAGAUGUAUUAUGAUCUAAGUGAAAACCAUGUUAUAACUCCAGAGGUUCAGCCUGCUAAAAAUCAAGUUUCCCCAAGUGUGGUGGGCGAGUUGUCAUGUGUCAUUCCAGUAUGAGAAGAGAAGGUCACCUUUUAACUGCUCCUGUGGGUGAGCAGAGCUGUUGGGAGCAUUUAGCUCUGUGCAGGACGGGAGGCUCAAGGCACUGUUGCUGUUACAGGCUGUGCCUGCCUGCACUGCUGAGCCCAAGCUUAGCCUAGAAGAGCUGAGCUGUGAGGACUUGAGCCUGUCUUAGUGUUCUGUGAGACUUUACAGGUCCAGGGGAGAUGCCCUCCUGCAGUACCUCUGUUAGCCAUGGCACGGUCCCUGUGCUCCCAGGUUGUCCUGCUCCCAGAAGCUGUUUAUUUUAUACUACUGAAAAGAGCAUGGCUUUAAAAAACACCAGGCCAGAUACCACCACAGGAAAAGCCCUGUCAGCAGCCCGAGGAUUGGACUUAAAAAUGUACAUAGAAAACGAAACAAAUAAUCCUUCCUUUAAACUCUCAAAUAUCAGGUUCUCCGUUGUAAUUCCCAAGCACUGCUCGGCUGGGCUGCUGCUCCGUCCUUGAGAGCUGAGUGCUUGUGUAAACCACAGGCGGGACCUCCGAAUUGCAAGAGCCUCUGUGCUCUCUAUACAAUUAGUUUAUACACUAUGACUUGAGUUAUCCUGCUACCCGACAGCGUGAGGACUUGGUGGGAGGAAGCAGGAAAGUGGGUCAGAGUGCACAUGUCCUGAGAUAGAUGCUGCUCCGAGAUGUCCCAUCUCCGGCUGCUUUUAGCUAGAGUAAUGACCACCCGCCGGGCACGGGAGGCCGAGCUGCUCUUUGGCUUCAGGGCUUUUGCUUGGCAGAUCCUGCAGGCCUCCACAGCAUUUCAUCCUCGCAGGCUCGGAGAGGAUUUUCCAGACUCUGGGGCUCAUUCAGAUUGGGUUUUUUCCCUUUUUUGUUUUCUUUCGGUUGGGGUUUUUGUUUUGGGUUUUUUUUAGGGGGGUGGGCUUCGGGGCUGUUUCCUACAAGUGGGACUGGGGCACUUUCUGCUUUUCCUUAUGCUUUCUUCUCUGGUCCUGGGGAGCAGAGGUUAGUAAUGGGUGGUUUUGCUUAUGUAUCACAUGCUAACAUUGUGUUUUCUUGCACAGAAAGGCACUCGAAUCACUGAACUGCUAAACAGCUUUGACACUACUAGAGUAUUAAUGUUUAUAAGCUUUACACAACUAGACUGGAAAUAGACAGGGACUAACAGAUUGUUUUGUAUCCAAUUCAGGGAAAGAAUCAAGUUGGGAUGCGUAACAGAUACCUCAGUAAAAAUAAGCUGCAACAAUAAACUGGUCCUUUCUCAGUACACAAUGAUGAGGACCAGCCAUUCAGACUGUGAAGAGUAACCCUUUCCCUCAGCCUGGCUUUGAUACUGGCAGUUGGCUUAAUGCAUGUUUCGCUGAGCUCCAGAUCUCCUGCUGAGCUGCCAGGCUUUGGGGACAGGGUUAUGGAAACCAGCAGCAGAGAUGGGGCGGAGGAGCCAGGAGCCGGGGAAGGCUGAGCAAGGAUGGUGGAUUGCUCCCCCUCUCCCUGGCUCCGCUUCAUUUCACUCGACCGUGUUCGAUUGUAUAGUACUCAGGGGUUUUGAUACUGCGGGUAGGACUGUUCCUCGCGUGAAGUGCUCCGCUUUGCAGUGUGGCUAAUUCUCUUUCAACUCCAGACCAGCGAAGGUUUUGCAGUGAGCAGCCAAAAAAAAAAAAAAAGCCCCCAGCUUGCUUCUGUGCAGCCUUGAUGCUUCUGUUUUGGGGGAGAUUUGCCAGCUGGGUUUGACGCCCAGCUGGAGGAAAAAAAAAAAACAACCACAAAACAAACCCAAACCUGCUUGUCCUCUUCCAGCAGAUCCCAGUUUAUGGCGGGAUCGAACAAAGUUUGUGAGCUGGGAAAGGGGGAAGAGGUGAGGGGGAGGCUGCGUGCCUGCUUGGCUCCCAAAGUGAAUGUGAACGUGUCACACCAAGUCCUUUUGGCCGCUGCGUGCGUGUGUGUUCUCCAAACGGAUUCAGAUCAGAUGUUUUCACCAAACAGCUGCAGCAGCCUUGCUACUAGUUUUCUUACCUAUUUAAAAAAAAAUAAAAUAAAUAAAUAAAAAAAAGAAAUGUGAUAGCCUAGGCGGUGGAUAAAUACCUCAACGUCUCCUUCCAACAAGUGUCUGUAUAUGUUGUUGUUGGGUUUUUUCUAUCUUACACGUUAUCUGAAUGUUUAUAUUCCAAUAAACUUCUACCUCUUCACAUGGUGACCCCGCAAG